AGUUCACAAUGGCAAUGAUUUGUCAUCACGCAAGCAGCUGACUUCAUUGUUUACACCGGCCAACAACUAAACAAAAGGAAAACAAUUUGAGGAAAUGACUUCGCCAAAUAAACAAAAUGAGACCAAGUAUCCUGUUUAUAUUGUAUUGGGUUCUGGAGGACACACCGCCGAAAUGUGCACUAUAAAUAUGGCGCUUCUGACUUCCGCUAGGGGCAAGGAAAUUUACAACCCACUCCGAUAUAUUAUAGCCAACGACGAUAUCACUUCCCGAAGCAGAAUAACCAGUGCCAUGCAAAAGGUUGGUGUGGCACUAGACGAUACAUCAUUUAUUUAUGUACCUCGUAGUCGCAAAGUGGGGCAGAGCUACCUCAGUAGUGUAUUUACAACUCUUUGGGCAUUAUUAUGGAGCUUUUGGCUUGUUUGGAGUGGUCAGCCCAAGUUAUUACUUUGCAACGGCCCAGGCACCUGUGUACCAUUUUGUGUUGCAACUUAUAUUUGCAGACGAAUUAGGCGCUUGCCAAGUAAAACUAAAAUCGUCUUUGUGGAGAGUUGGUGCAGAGUGCGUACACUAUCACUCAGCGGCAAACUGCUUCGACCUUUUCUUGACUUACUGGUGGUCCAAUGGCCGGCGCUAGCCGAAAAAUAUAAAAACGCCUACAACGUAAAGUACUUCGGAAAAAUUAUGUGAACUUGUAUAAUUUAUUUGGUGAAAAGCAAGGCCUGGAAGUUCUAAUGAUGCCGUACAAGUAAUUAUGAAGAACUUUAACAUAACAAAAUUUUGUAAAAAAGCAUAAAUAAUAAUAAACUCAUAAAAUUUAAAUCAA